AUGAUUGAUUUAGCCACCUCAACAGUUCUGGAAUGGGGAAUUGUGACAGGAAUCUCGCUCAGAACUGAUGAUCCACCAUUAAUGACAACAUCGAGUAUCAGUGGUCAAAUAGCAUUUUGGAACUUGGAAGAGAAAAAAGUUGUGGGCACUCUUUUAGCUCAUUUUUUUAAAACUUCAUCAGACAACUCACUGAAAAUGUGGAUUUUUGAUAACUCGAUGGAUUAA